UAUCAGAUGUUAAAAGGGUGUGUGCGGCAGUGGAUGCAGGACAGACAUGGCACCACAUGUUUAAGUGCUCGUACUGUAACCUUGAUUGAUCAGCUUCAUCGUGUGAGACGAACCUAAAAGAGCAACAUGCAGGCUGCUAUGGACAUCACGGCAAAGUACUGCCACAAAGAAAUGGAAGCUUAUGGUUCAUGCGUGGCCUCCAACCCAUCAACAUGGCAGCACAAGUGUCAUGAACUGAAGAUGAAGGUUGCACAAUGCACAUCAUCACACCCAGUGAUCCAGAAGAUCAGACAGGACUGUUCUAAGGAGUUUAUGGAGUUUGAGCAAUGUCUCAGGGAAAACCAGGGGCAACCUUCCUCCUGCUCACCACAUGUGGCUCGCUUUCUGGGCUGUGCAGAGACAGUGGACCUCAGUGAAGUGGCUACGAAUCCAGUACCUCAGCCGUCGUAGCACUCCUGCAUCUUCCAUCACCUUCAGAUUACAUUUGUCUCCACAGCAGCACAGAUGGGCUGGUUUAUAAUGUGUUCCUGCCAUGUUAUGUACAGUGACUCUUAUGUCAGCUAUCAAAUAUAAUCAAUGAAUGCAGUAUCACUUUGAGUUAGACAGGUUGUGUAUUUAAUUAAUGUAUUACUCUUUUACCUCUCAUGUAAGUGUAAGUGUUCAUGUGAAAAUGACAUUAAUACUUUCCUGUAAGCACAGGAUAUUUGUUUCAUUAAAAUUGACAUCAGAAGUGUAUUACUCA